AUUCCGGUAGCUUGCCGUCCAUUUGCGAAAAUUCUUUCCGAGCGUCUCUUCCGGCCAUUUCAGUUCAUAGUUUUUUGGUGACUAUAGUGUUUUUAGUGAAACCGGAGUCCUUGCGAAAGUUCACUUAGUUUUUCUCUUUAAUUAAGUCACGAAUAAGGUCUAGAAGUUAAGUUUAAACUAGAACAAGUACGCGUAUACGUAGAAACACAUAAAAAUGGCAGAUCAGCAAAACGACCACGAAAUGAACGGCGAAGACUUCUCGCAGGACGUGAAAGCUUGCGACGAUUCACAGAUGAACGGCGCCGAGAAUGGAGCCGGUGGCGGCGAUUCACAGAAUGGAAAUGGGGAGAACUCAUCGGCUGGACGUGAUGAUGAUCGAAAAUUAUUCGUUGGUGGUUUAAGCUGGGAAACAACUGAAAAGGAACUUCGAGAACACUUUGGACAGUAUGGCGACAUUGAAAGUAUAAACGUCAAGACAGAUCCAACAACCGGCCGUUCAAGAGGAUUUGCAUUUAUUGUGUUUGCGGCAGCCGAUUCAAUCGACAAAGUCGUACAAGUUGGUAACCACAUUAUCAACAAUAAAAAGGUUGAUCCUAAGAAAGCCAAAGCCCGCCAUGGAAAAAUUUUCGUCGGUGGUCUCACCUCAGAGAUUAGCGAUGAUGAAAUCAAGGCGUACUUUUCACAAUUUGGAAAUAUUGUUGAAGUCGAAAUGCCAUUCGACAAACAAAAGAAUCAACGCAAAGGUUUCUGUUUUAUCACAUUCGAUUCAGAGCAAGUGGUGAAUGAACUUUUACGUACUCCGAAGCAGACAAUUUCGGGCAAGGAGGUGGACGUGAAGAAGGCUACACCCAAGCCAGAGAAUAUGCCGAUGAUGAUGAUGCGCGGUGGAGCACGUGGUGGUCGUGGCGGACGAGGAAUGGGCCGUGGAGGCAAUAAAAACACAGGUUAUGGUCAAGGCUGGGGCAACCAGGGCUAUGGCUAUGGGCAAGGCUAUGGCUAUGGUGGCUAUGAUGGUUAUGGUGCCGGCGGUUAUGAUUAUUACGGAGGCUACGGUGGUUACGGCAGCUACGAUUAUUCAGGAUACGGAGGUUAUGACUAUAGUGGAUACGGAGGUUACGAUGGCGGCUACGGUAACGGCGGUGGUCGAUCCGGAGGGCCACGAGGCGGUGGCAAAGGCGGUAACUACCAAGGCGGAAAACAGAGAGGUACCGGUCGCCAGCAAAGGCAUCAGCCCUAUUAAAUACAUUUUGCCGUUAUUAACUGUAAUUUAUAUAAAGUUUGUGUGAGAAUUUUUUUUUAUAAAAAAGGGGGCAUAUUGUUCAUCCGAUCACUGAAAAAUUCAUCUUCCAUCCACCAUUCCAUUUUAAAAAUAACAAAAAAAAAACAUUGGAGCAGACGGACACAGUGUAAAUGGAACAGAAACUUUAAUAAAGUACGUAGAUGCGUUGACAUUUUUAAGAAAAAAAGAUAUAUCGCAAAAUGAUGCCGCUCGAUGUUUGUUUCAUCGAUUCAACGGAAGGAGAUUAUAUGGGAGGAGCAAUUAUGAUGUAAUUUCAUGUUUUACACACAAUAAAAAACACACAUGUAAUCAGUGAACAUGAAAAAGAACGUGUUUUUGCAUUUUAAAAACGAAUAGAGAAAUGGAUUUAUCGAGAUUUAAUUUUCUCUUUAAUUUCUACUUACUUUGCAGUACAGGCCACUCUUAUCAAACAACAGCACUUAAUAAUGUAAAGAAAUGAAAUGAAAGAAUAUUUAAAACGAAAGCAACAAUAUUAGUUUAGUUCUUGAAGUAAUAAAACUAAAAUACAAUUUAAAACUAUAUUUAAAAUAUAUGUACAAAAAAAUGUGUCGUGUGAUUAUCCGCCAGCAAACCGUUUUUAUACACACACAGACUUGAAUGACUGGAUUUUUUCUCCGUACUUUAUUAAACUAAAAAUAUCGUUUGUAAUUUUUCUCUCUUAGAGAUUUGAAUGCAGUUUUAGUACGACUACGCCACUACAAUAACAAUUAACAAAGUGUUUAAUCCAUAAAGUAAAAUUCAUUAUAAAAACACCAACCAUAGGAAAUAGUUAUUGAAACACGAAACUGGAAAAGAACCAAACAAUUAAACAGUAUAAAGUAUUCUCUUUUGAAUUAUCUCAUUUGCAGCAUAUGUGUAAUUACUAGUUUAAAAGUGUUUUUUUUUUUUAAUUAAAAUAUUGUAAUGCUUAAAUAUAUCUAUUUUAAUAUAAUAUAAAAUUAAAGAAAAAGAGAAACGAUAGAUUUUUUUAUUGGUGAUUUAUUCUUUAUUUUCCCUCUGAUAUAAUUUAUAAGGUCUUUCACGUUUUGUUCACUUAAUUCACAAGAAAACAAUUAGUAUAUUCACAGAUAUUCAUAACAGUGCAAACGUGAUCAUUGAGAGAUUAGAUUAUGAUGAUUGACUUGAAAGAAGAGUUAGAUAUGGAAAGAACAAAAUGAAUAGAUUAUGACGUUUUUAUAUAGAAUAUACACAGACAUAUGUAGCCGUCAUGUUAACGUAAAUUAUCAUAAAUAUAUUUUCUUUUUCCUUGUCAAUAAAUAUUAAGACGAGUUCACAUUUAAUAUAUAAUUCUAGAAAUGGCAUUUAAAACUUGACAUUUUUUUUUUCUAAUUAUGAAAGUAAUACAAGAAAAAAUGAAAAAAGGAACCUAUAAUAGUUGUAAGGAUGAUUUAAUACUUUUCUUCAGAACAUUUAAUAUACACAGAAAAGGAGUAAGGAACAAAUGAAAAAGAAAAUUUAUUCACUGUAAAUAUCUUAUUUUUUUAUUAGAGAAAUGUUUCAUUUCUAAGAGAAUUUCGUAAGUUUUUUUUGGAAGAAUUAAAGGAAGAAUGUGAAAAGUGAA